CGAUAGGCUGGAUGGGAUCGGACGGAUUUUGAUAGAGAGCUGCCAACACGGAGAUGAUCGGCGUGCGCGCACUCGCGAUCUUACUUCGCCUUUCACCGUAUCAGUCCAUUCGUGUCCGUCGUGUGUAGUUGAUGUGUUACACGGAUCACGACCCUUUCCAGGACAGGAUCAACGGCUCGUGUACGUAUAUAUAUAAUCAGUCAGUGGAGCGUUAGAGAGUGAUUAACUGACGGAGUGCACUGUGAGGACGACGCGACAAUCCUUCGAACGAAUCGAAACCACCAUCGAAGCAAUGGCGUUGAAGUACCUUUGCCUCGCGCUAGCCGCCAUUAUGGGCGCCAGUCCCAUCGUCAGCCUACCGUCCGGUGUGUCGAACCAAAUCGAUGUCGAUGCCAUCCGGGAACGACUCCCGGGAAAUCUGUCGCUACCGUCGCUGGAAGAGGUUGAGCGGUUGCUGCGGGAUAAGUGUUCGACUGCGGGUGCACCGGACGAUGCGUUCGAUAAUGCGCGCGAUGCCGCCAUGACGUUCUUCGAGUGUGGUCGCGGCCUGAUCGACAUUAACCAGUUCCAGCAGGAGGUGGAAGCGGCCAAACCGACCGGUGAUCUCGAUACCGUCUUCAACAAGUACUGCCGCAAGCGGAACACGCUGAUCGAGUGCGUCAACACGUUCGCCAACGCGAUCGAUCCGUGCCUGGAGGAUGACGAGAAGGUUGUGAAGCGAUCCGGGCUGGACAUCUUCAAGAAUCUGCUCAACUUCGUUUGUCACAAGGAUGGUGAUCAGAUUGCGCUAUUCAUUGCUGAGAAAGGUCCGGAGUGCUUCCUGGAGCAGAAGAACGAUCUGAUUGCGUGCGCGAACGAAACGUUCUCGGGCUACGUCCCGGAAACGAACCUCGAGGCAAUACCGAAGCUGGUGAUUGGACCGAAGCAGUGCGAGGACUUCAAUAAGCUGCAGAACUGUAUGGUCCGCGAGCUGGAGGAGUGCGACGAAUCAACGCCCGCCAAUCUAGUCGAAUCGCUGUUCCGGUACAUCAAGAAGGGAUCCCCGUGUGCGAACAACUCUGGAUGAAAAUAGGGCAAUCCGUGGCCAGGACCGUGCGUUGUUAUGACAUGGGAUCGCAUCCGAACCGGAUUUUAAAUAAAUUAGGAAUGUUGAUACGUGCA